ACUGACCACUGAUGUCGUUCUUAAAUUUACAAAAAUAUGAAUUUUAUUGUUAAAUGAUUAAUGUGUAAUUGUUAUUUAGUGUUAUUUUGUUGAAAUAUGAAGAUGUUAUUGUUAGUUGUUAUAUUUGUUAUGGAUAUAGUGAGAUAUGGUCGGAUGCAGAUAACAUUAAAUGCUCCUAUAGUUAGAAAUUACCCAUGCAAGGGAAUUGAGAAUAUUGACGCCAUAUUUGAAAUAGGUAUAAGUAGGGAAGAACAAAACAAGUAUUACUUAAACGUGUAUGAAAAGUUUUCUGCUCAAUCGCGUAUGGAAAUUAAGUUCGAUUCUGAUGUAAAAGUUACAUUGUUUGAAGAGCCGUAUAUUGGACAGCCGUCAAAUAGGGUCAACGAUACAGUGGCAAGAGUGGGAACGUUUGCAUCGAAUUUUGAGAUUUUCGUAAGAUUUUUACAGCCGAUGUCGGACUUGAGUCUUCUAGUUAGGGGACCUCAAACGGGGACAGUGCCAUAUCCUACUUCUAUAAACAUAAAUUCAGUGGAAUACUGUACGGAACCCGCUCCAGGAUUUGUUGACAGUUUCCUUGGUGGAUAUAAAGGUUCAGCGUUAGCAGCUCUAUCAGUUCCACCCGGUUCAUGUGGGAGACGGAAAGUGGUGCACACGGAGCUGAUCGUGAACGGACAACCUACCAAGCCUGGAGACUGGCCCUGGCAUGGAGCCAUUUACAGGCUGGAACAAUCCUCUGUGAAGUAUAUUUGUGGCGGAACACUGAUAUCGAAGACUUUCGUUCUAACUGCUGCUCAUUGUACUACAAUAAAUGGAGGUCCAGUGGUGCCAGAGAUAAUGAGUAUUAUUUUCGGAAAAUAUAAACUGAUUGGUGGCGAUAUUGCAAUACAGGAGAGAGAGAUAUAUAGAAAUAUAGUACACAAGGAAUACAAUCCAAGAAGGUUGGAUAACGAUAUUGCAUUAUUGCAAUUGAAGUCUGAAGUGAUAUACGACGAUUAUGUCCAGCCAGCUUGCUUGUGGCACGUCAAUAACUAUAAAAAAAUACCAGCAGGAUCUAUGAAGGGUACUGUAGUUGGGUGGGGAUUCAAUCACAACAACACACUAGCAAGUACCCUUCAUCAAGUCGUCCUGCCUAAAAUAUCAGAAAGUUCAUGCGUCAAAAGUAAUAUUGACUUUUUCGGGAAGAUAUUGAAUGAUAGGAAAUUUUGUGCUGGCUACAGAAAUGGUACCUCAGCCUGCAAUGGUGACAGCGGCGGUGCUUACCAAGUCUUUGUUCCUGACAUUACUGCUGAUUCAUCAGUAGAUGCUCCUGGUUCUUGGCACGUCCAUGGAAUAGUGUCUCUCGCCUUAUCACGACCUAAUGAAGCUAUUUGUGAUAACACACAAUACUCAAUAUUUACGGAUGUCUCUGCAUUUGUACAAUGGAUAUAUGAUUAUGUGAAGACUGAUAAUUAAUGUUAGAAACGCAUUUAUUAAAUAAUAUA